AUGGCUGAGCAGGAGGAGGAGGAGGCAGCCGAGCCAGCAGCGCCGCCCUUGCAGAGGGAGGCGGAGGGCUUGCGCUUGCACCUCUCUAGCAGCAGCAGCACCGGCUACCAGAGUGUUUACAAGCUGCCCUCUGGCCGCUUCGCCCUCUCGCCCUCUGGCCCUCUCGCCGCGCAGAGCCCGCGGCUCUUUCUUGGCUCCUUCGGCACAGCGGUGGAGGCAGCUGCGGCUUACGCGAGGGCGGUCGGCGAGCCACCGGCGGCGUCAGAGUUUGAGGGCGUGCGCUUGCACCUCUCCAGCAGCAGCAGCACCGGCUACGAGGGCGUGCGCAGGCACGCCUCCGGCAAGUUCGUGGCGACUCGCUACGAGCACGGAAGGCAGGUCCACGUCGGCCUCUAUGACACGGCGGUGGAGGCGGCGCGGGCGGCGGCCUCGGGCGAGGGCGAGGGCGAGGGCGAGGCGACUUUCGACGCGUCGCCCGUGGCGGAGGCGGAGGGCUUGCGCUUGCACCUCUCCAGCAGCAACAGCACCGGCUACAGGGGCGUGUACACCAGCGGCGGCCGCUUCAUGGCGCAGCGCAUGGUGAACAAGGCGGAGGGCUUGCGCUUGCACCUCUCCAGCAACAACACCACCGGCUACAAGGGCGUGUUCCGGCAGUCCAAAUCCCACCGAUUCGAGGCAAAGCGCAGGGAGGGCAUGGCUGGGGCGGAGGCGGAGGGCUUGCGCUUGCACCUCUCUAGCAGCAGCAGCACCGGCUACAAGAGUGUUUACAAGCUGCCCUCUGGCCGCUUCGCCCUCUCGCCCUCUGGCCCUCUCGCCGCGCAGAGCCCGCGGCUCUUUCUUGGCUCCUUCGGCACAGCGGUGGAGGCAGCUGCGGCUUACGCGAGGGCGGUCGGCGAGCCACCGGCGGCGUCAGAGUUUGAGGGCGUGCGCUUGCACCUCUCCAGCAGCAGCAGCACCGGCUACGAGGGCGUGCGCAGGCACGCCUCCGGCAAGUUCGUGGCGACUCGCUACGAGCACGGAAGGCAGGUCCACGUCGGCCUCUAUGACACGGCGGUGGAGGCGGCGCGGGCGGCGGCCUCGGGCGAGGGCGAGGGCGAGGGCGAGGCGACUUUCGACGCGUCGCCCGUGGCGGAGGCGGAGGGCUUGCGCUUGCACCUCUCCAGCAGCAACAGCACCGGCUACAGGGGCGUGUACACCAGCGGCGGCCGCUUCAUGGCGCAGCGCAUGGUGAACAAGGAGGAGGGCGUCGACCCCAAGUGGAUCAAAGACCGGAUCGAAGACUGCCACCCGGCCAGGGCGGCCCAAGCGGCAACAGUAGGCACGGUGGUGGCGCCGACGGCGCAGGCGGUGGCUGCCGGCGAGGCGUCUGUGCCUUCCUCAGCAAUCCAGGUGGGGCCUGUGCCUGCGGCGCCGCCACGGCGGGCACCGCUCGCGGCUGAGGCGGAGGGCUUGCGCUUGCACCUCUCCAGCAACAACACCACCGGCUACAAGGGCGUGUUCCGGCAGUCCAAAUCCCACCGAUUCGAGGCAAAGCGCAGGGUGGGCAAGAGCGGGGGGGCGAGGAAGCUCAAGACUGACGGCAAGAGCUCCACGGGCUACCUGGGUGUCUUCCGCCGCGAGGAUUGCGGCAGACUCAAGUUUGUCGCGCAGGUGAGCCUGCACGACGGGCAUCGCAUGCGGCUGACGUACCUCGGCGUCUUCCCCACCGCGGUGAAGGCGGCGGUGGCGGUCGCCAAGGCGAAGCUGCGGUCGUCCUCCGGCGGGCCUUCCGCAGCAGUCCAGGUGGGGCCUGUGCCUACAGCGCCGCCACGGCGGGCACCGCUCGUGGCUGAGGCGGAGGGCUUGCGCUUGCACGUCUCCAGCCGCAACAACAACACCACCGGCUACAACGGCGUGGUCAAGGACGGCUCGCGCUUCAAGGCGCAGGACAGGCGGGGCGGAAAGGCUGUCUCCCUCGGCACCUUUGACACGGCGGUGGAGGCGGCGGUGGCGUACGCGCGGGCGGUCGGGCAGGCUCCUGCCCAGGGGUCGGCUGCGGCCGGCAGCGAGGCGCUCGACUCGGACGAGGGCGAGGGCGAGGACGAGGAGGGCGAGGCCCGCUGCUUGUGGCGUCCAUACGAGCCGCCGGAAGGGCCGCCGCCAAAGCGGCGUUCGACUGUUGCGCCUUCAUGCGGCCUCCCGGCCAACGACGAGAGCGCGCCAUUCCACGCGCCGCCCGCCGAGGCCGCGGUCGUGCUCUGCGGCAACACGCACGAGUGCAACGGCGGCGCCUUUGGCUGCAUUCUGCCGGCAGGCCACGGCGGGCCGCACGACUUGACGCUGCCGGCCAAGCGGGCGCGCUGCGCGAAGCGCCCGUUCGACCCGGCGAACGUCGAAGCGGCUGCCGCGCUCGGGUCGCAGGGCAGGCUGCAGUCGCCGGAGCUUGGGGCGGCGGAGGCGGCGCUUCUCGCAAAGCUGCUGGCGGUGGCGGCGCGCUUGAAGGACGAGGGCUCGCCCGAGGCGACGGUGCACGUCGAUGGCCAGUGGGCGGUGCACUGGAGGCCGCGGGCUACUCAGGCCACCUUUGCGGGCGACUACUACGCGUUCCGCCUCGCCGAGCCCGCCCGCCACUACCGCUCGCGAGUCGAGCUGGUCAAGGCACUCGAAGCGGAGCUGAUACCGGACCCGUGCUGCCUCGCCUCAGACCUGUCGCGGUCUUGUUCUGCGGGCGAGGUGAUGGCGCCCUCCGUCGGGUGCGACGCCGGCGGCUGCUCGCGCUGGGCUUGCCUGGCGUGCGCCGGCUUCAGGAGCGAGGCGGAGGCGGGGCGCAAGACGUGGUUCUGCACGCUUCACGCGCCGGCAGUGGCGGUGGUGGCGGAGGCAGAGGGCUUGCGCUUGCACCUCUCCAGCAUCAGCAGCACCGGGUACAGGGGCGUGUCGCACCCCUCUUCUGGCCGGUUCCAGGCGAGGCACAAUUUGGGUGGAAAGGAUGUCUCCCUCGGCUGCUUUGGCUCGGCGGUGGAGGCGGCGGUGGCGUACGCGCGGGCGCUCCUGCCCGACGGCCGCACCGUCCACAAAGAGGCGCCUCCCGACAAUGGCGGCAUGGCGGCCGUCGCCGACGCGCUCGGGCGCAUCGGGCUGCAGUCCUACGCCGCCGCGUUUGACUCCGAGGGCUUCGACGACAUCGACUUUCUGCUCGGGCUGGACAGAGCCGAGCGGGCCGCUGUGGCGACGGCGACGGGCAUGGAUGCCAAACCGGGGCACGCGGGGAAGUGGGUCAGGUUUGGCUUCGGGGUGCCUUGACAAUCACCAAUUCAGUACGUUUUCCCGUCGUGCCCUCCUUCUCUUCUCUUAUUCAUAACAGCAGUGAGGGACUGUGUGAG